UUUACCACAUACACGCCAUUCCAAAAAUAGUGAAAGUUGCUGUCAGAAAUAUAAACAAAAAUAUUUUUUAAGAAUAUCGUAUUUUUAUGGUAAAAUACCGACUGACAAGGGUAUUUUCUUGGAAAAUAUCUUCUCACAAAUAAAUUAUUCUGAAAAUUUUUACUGAAAAAGUGCAAAAAGAACAAAUUAUAAAUUAAUAGGAAUGAAGGCAAAUCUGAAGGGUUUCUCAGUCAAGCAUCGAGUAUUUCUCGUCAAGAAUUACUAUCAAUUCACUGGUGAUUUCUUGUGUGUAAAAACUAAGUAUGAGGACAAUUAUAGGGAUAGUGAAAAUAUCCCGGAAUUCUCAUACGAUGCAUUGAUGGAGAUCGUCAACCUGUUCGAACGAACGGGUAGUGUAAUGGAGUGUCCAGCUAAACCUCCUGAGAGUUCUAAUCAGCAAAUAGAACGAAUCUUUGUGAAGGAAGAAAAUCCAUUGGGAAUGAUUGAAGAACAGGACUCUUUGAAAACAAAUCCUAAGAGUCAAGUGACACAUAAUAGAGAAACGGACACUGAUGAUGAGGACGACAUGGGGUGGAUAGAUGAAGAAGAUUAUUUUUCACCUCAGAAACCUCCCAAAAUGCCUAUUGAACAGAGAAAUGAAUCAGGAUCAGGAGCCAAAUUGAAGAUUCCCAUGAAGAAAUCAAAGCCGAAUACACAAUUUCCUCUCAAUAAAGAAGCCAAAAAACAACUCCUAAGUAAUUCAAAUAUCAAUUGGAUACCGCAUACAUCUAAUUCUCUUCCUGACAUGGGUAACCCGGAAGAAAGUUUUCAGGGCCAAGGACAGGAUUCGAUCAAAGAAGAUGCAGUAUUGUUCUCUCUUGAUCCAUCAUAUGACAAAAAAUUGGAUGGAAUUUCUUCAAAGAUUGAUAAAGUUCUAAGGCUUCUGCAGGCAAAUGUAUACAGAACAUCAACAUUUAUACCUACAAUUUUGGAUGGUGGUAUGGAAUUGAAUGUCAACUUUCCCAUUACAAGCAAAGAUGAACUAGAAGAACUAAAUAACAAUCUGGCGAGAAAGGAUUACAGAGCAGCCUUUGUAAAAGAAUUGAGCAAAAUUAAUGGAUUUACAGGCAUGGCUGAAGGUCUCAAAGCUGCUUUUCGAUUGUGUGAUCAUAUGUUUGAUCGGGUUCUGCUCAAUCACUACACCUGGACUGGGAACUCAAGGAAUAAUUCUAAAGAUCGUUUCAGUCAAUAUGCCAAUCUCAUUGAAACUUUUGGCGAAAUUAUCAUGCUUGCCGAUCACAGAUUUUCAACUGCACACAAUGAAGAUUUCUUCAAGUCAAAAAUCCUCAAGCACAGUGAGGCAAGAUGCAAGAAUAGAAUUUCUAAUAUAAAAAUUGAAAAUACAUUUACUCUAUAAAUGUAAGUUUUUUUUUCUCGUGUAAUGUCCUGUAUUUGCAAAUAUAAAGUUUAAGAUAUGUAGGUA